AUGGCCAUCAGCGGCACGGGCCACAACACUGCCAUCGAGACCGCCGCCAAAUCGGGUUUGGUUGGUCCUGAUAACACCCAGUACACACCCCUCAGACCACAGCCCAUUGGAUACGGCUACAAGCCGUGUCUGGUGUUGACACCUGCGCCAGGUCUCGUGGUGAUGUCUUUCUUUAGCGUCAAACCUGCCGGACUCCGAGUAGCUCCGAGUGCUUGGUGCGGGCCACCACACUGGCAUCGAGACCGCCGCCAUGGCGUGAUUGACCCAGAUUGCUGGACAAUGGGGCAAUACAGCGAAAUAUGGAAAGAUUUCUCGGUGUAUUCCUCCAAGCGAUUUGGAAACCCGGAAGACAGCGGUGAAACAUUCUCGAGAGCCGCUCCAAAACCCUCUCACGAGCGGUAUGUUUCCACUUGGGGAUGGAGAAGCCAGCCGUGUGGUGUCCAUAAAGAGACCGGCCAUCUCGCACCCUGGGGCCCCGUCAGCCAGCGCAACGAGAUGAUGGUCAUGGCCAAGAAAUCGCUGUUUUACAUUGCUGUUCUCCUCGCGGCCAGCCACCUGUUGCUCUGCGCGCCCAUGCUAAAAUUGAAAGACGGACAAUCUGUCAGUCAUGACGCGCAGCUGUUGGGAAGCUUCAAUCCCCAAGAUCAAGUCCUGAUGGGACAAGCGAAUAGACUUAAAGAGGCAAUAGAUAAGAGGGGCUACCUCACGUCGGAAGAAGGGUCCGUGGGGCUACAGCUCAACGAGAGAGUCCAGCAGUUGGCAGCCAACGUUAAAGCACCCAAAUUCCAACUCACUGAAACUCAAGAGGCAUUGGUGAAUGUUGUGAGAAGUCUGCAGCCGGCUCUCCGACCCUUUCAAGGUUCGAAGUACUACUAG